AUGCGGACGACGACGGCGAGGACGACACCACUCCCGCAAAAAGAAAGCGCACGACGGAAGAGGAGGCACAUACGACGAAGAUGCGCUUUGAAUCCCGCAGGGGCUUGCGAAAAUACGUUCCAUACGUCGUCGUCUUUCGUUGUUGAUUUCGAUUUCCCACCAUUCGUAGGUGUUGCUUUAGAUACGAAAGAACGCGUUGCACGCAUGCUCGAAGCGACGAUUUCGAGCGCGUAUUUAGCCGACGAAGUGGACAAAGAAGAAGACAAAGAACGUUUACGAGGAAUGGUGGAGAAAAAAGAAGACGGAACGCCGGUAACCGCGGCGGAUUUUGCGAUUCAAACGUUGAUGGAAAACGUGUUAGGGGGUGAUGGUGAAGAGGUUGUUGGCGAGGAGCGGCGCCCGGUCGAAGGCGAUGCGUCGUUUGAUCGAGUGAAGGAGUUAGUCGAGAAGUUUACUCCGCGCGGGAGGAUGGCAUUGCUCGAAAAGGAGAGGUGUGGUCCUCGCAGGAACUACUUCGUGUUAGAUCCAAUCGACGGGACGAAGGCGUUUGCGGCGAAACCGACGAUACGAUCGAGAGCGUACGCGUUUACGGAGCAGUAUUGCAUUGGUUUGUCUUAUCACGAUGGGGAAACUGGAGAGGUUUUGGCUGCGUGCGUGGCGGCGCCGAGAUGGGAAAGAGGUAGUGGUGUGCUGCUUUGUGCCGUGAAGGGGAAAGGGUGCUUCUCGAAGGAGCUGUUCACCCCGGCGUCGAGAUGGAAGCGAUGUUGUUUGAUGUCCCAUUUGUGUAACAUACGUUUGGCAGUGUCGGAAUCGGACGUCGGAAAAGCGACGACACUGAACUCCGGUUGGAAAGUACCGAAGUCGAAUUUAGAUGAAAUUCCGUAUGGGAGCGGUUCGUUGAUUAAAUACGUCGCGAUAGCAGUAAACGCGUGCGAUGCAUUCGUGCACUACAAACCGUGGACUUUUUCGAUGAACGUUUGGGACCACGCGGCUGGUGUUUUGUGCUGCGAAGAGGCUGGGGCGAUUGUUUCAGAUGGGUUUGGUAAUAGACUCUCGUUGAAAAGGAAACCAAGAAAGGCAGAAGGAGAUUUCGAAGAGAGAGAUGGCGUUGAUCCAAGGCGCGUGUUUUCGCCCCAAGGAAAAGCCGUCGUCGUCGCGAACGAGGAGAGUUUACACAAAGAGAUAUUGAGAGCGCACAAUUCAGGCGUCAAACAAAUUAACGAAUUUUAG